AUGUGCUGCCAAUUCCCCGAGCCGCCAGCGCGCGAGGACUCGGAGUCUAAGGGAACCCACAAGCGCAAUAUCAGCAAUGGGACAUCCGAGCUUUCGCCAGCAAGACGAUCCAAGCGUCAGAAGGCAACUGUUAGUCUGAAGGAGCAAUCCGAUUCAGAGGCCGAAGAAUCAGAGACCGAGAUCACUGCGGCUCCGAAAAAAGAAGAGAAAGAAAAUAAGCCUACUUCAAAGACCCCGCAGAAGAAGUCUCCCAUCAAGAAAGAGGCCAAGGAAGACCCUAAGCCAAAGAAGGCUAGGAAGACCAAGAAAGACCAAGAGGCCGAAGCUACGCCUUUGGCACCACGAACCAAAGGGCUGCGUAUGUUUGUUGGCGCUCACGUUAGUGCAGCCAAAGGUGUUUUCAACUCCAUUCACAACAGUGAGCAGAUUGGAGGGAAUGCUUUUGCCUUGUUCUUGAAGUCACAGCGGAAAUGGGACAACCCUGCCCUUCAAGACGAACAUCGAGAUCAAUUCCAUAAGCUUUGCGCGGAGAAAGGCUAUGAUGCAUCAAAGCACGUUCUUCCCCAUGGCUCCUACCUUGUCAACUUGGCCCAAAGCGACAAAGCCAAGUCCAAGCAAGCAUACACAUCCUUCCUAGAUGACCUCCGUCGAUGCGAGGCGCUGGGAAUCAAACUCUACAACUUCCACCCAGGAAGCACCAACCAAACACCACUGCCAGAAGCACUCGCUCGGCUCGCAGAGAUGCUCACGCAAGCUAUUACUGAAACCAAGACUGUCAUUCCUGUUCUGGAGACAAUGUGUGGCCACGGUAACACAAUUGGCGGUGCACUAUCAGAGUUCCGCGAUCUACUCGCUCUGAUCCCGACCGAACACCACUCCCGCAUCGGCAUUUGCAUCGACACCUGCCACAGCUUCGCCGCAGGCUACGAUCUAUCCUCUCCAGAAGGCUUCAAAGCCUUCCUAACCGAGUUCGACGAGCUGAUCGGGAUCAAGUUCCUCCGAGCUUUGCACUUGAAUGACUCCAAGGCACCGCGUGGAAGUAAGCGUGAUUUGCACGCCAAUAUCGGCACGGGUUUCCUUGGACUACGUGCUUUCCACAAUGUCAUGAAUGAGCCACGGUUCGAGGAUCUACCGAUGGUGCUUGAAACGCCUAUUGAUCGGGUUCCUGUUAAGGAUGAGGAGGGGAGUGAGAGCGAGUCGGCGAAGCCGAAGAAGGGCAAAAAGCCUGCUGCGGCGACUGUUGCUGAUCCGGGUGUUUGGGCACGUGAGAUUAAAUUGCUUGAGUCGUUGAUUGGGAUGGAUCCUGAGGGUGAGGAGUUCAAGACCCUUGAAAAGAAGCUCUCGGAGGAGGGCCGGGGUGAGCGGGAAAGACUUCAGGAUCAGCAUGAGAGGAAGGUUGAGGCGGAGGAAAAGAAGAAGGCCAAAGGGCCUGGAAAGGCGAAGGGACAGAAAAGUCUCAUGGAUAUGAUGAAGGGUGAUGGGAAGAAAGACUAA